GAGAGUGUACCAAAAUAAGGCGAACGUUCAACGGAGUUCUCAAAUUCGCUUCACUCGAUACCUCAGAGGAGUGCGCUUUAAAGCUGGCUAAGAAGGGGUACCUGGUGGAAGAGAAUUCGAUACAAGAAAUCGGCGGAACUCAGCCAAGCCAACCCGUCAAGAUGCAGAAACGAAUCUACCCCGGUAAUCCGUCCACCAACAGUUACUCCAGAAACAAUGCCUCUGAUGUGACUAUAUUCAUCCUUGACACUGGAGUGAUGCCUACGCAUGAUGAGUUCCAGUACAUGGGCAAUAGCAGGAUUAUAUUUCAUAACGAUACCAUAACACCAGAGACACCAAUCACGUUCGAUAUGAACGGCCAUGGAACCCGCUGCGCCAGCGUGGCCGUUGGCAGUCAUAUCGGAAUAGCUCGAAACGCCACCAUAAGGAGCAUUCGGGUAGCCGAUGCGACGGGCUCUGCCAAUGCUGAUGACGUCAUUGCAGGUGUCAACAACGUACAGGAAUGGUGGAACAGCAACACUGACAAGAAAUGUGUCGUGUCCUACUCCAUGUCGUCCAAUUCGAAUACUGCGACUAUCAACUAUGCGUUCGGGAACCUCACCCUGAAUACAGACUGUGUAAUAGUCGUGGCUGCGGGAAACCAGGGAGCAAACAUCCUCACUGCUGACGCAUGCGAUUACUCUCCUUCUACGGUACCUGAGGUGAUAACAGUCGGAGGGUCCAAACAAAUUAAGAUAAACGGUGUUAGGGUCGAGCGUCGUUUCGAUAUAUCGAACUACGGUCCAUGUGUCGACAUAUACGCCCCUGGGAAAUCAAUCGACGUUGCUUCCCCACCACCACUGAAUAUGCUUGGCUCCACCUCCUACUACGGGAGGUCAAGCGGCACUUCAUUUUCUACUCCUGCAGUGGCAGGUGCUGCGGCCAUGAUCCUCUCCACCACAACCCUCAAUCCUACUGGUACUGAGACGAUGACCAGUCUGGUUCGGGACAUCCUUGAAAACACAAAGGGACUCCUCGACGGUCUGCCCACCAGUGGCACGCUUCAAUCUAAUAACGUCCUGCUAAAAAUUGAUGACAAUACCUACUACCAGUAGACCCGGCCAAUGAUCCUUAGGGGAUGUUGCAAGAACAUAUUUGCAAUCAAUUGCAAAUUACAAUUGUAAAUCUACAAACGAACGAACAACUAACAAUUAAAGAAAACCGAUGUAAAAUUGUUGGUACAAAUGAAGAAAACAGACCAUCCAAAAAAAUGCAAAUUUUGAAUUAAUUGCAAGACUUAAGAUUAAUUCGGGACCGAAAAUUGACUUGCAGGCGAUUGUAUAAGUUUCUUGCAACCCUCCACAGGUGAAAAUUGUGAUCAUCAAUAAUAGUACCAUUAGUAUUUCCCAAUACCAUGAUGGUUUAUUUUGAUGAGGGGUAUAUCGUCAAUCAUUACUGAAGAAAAAAAAAGAAGAAAAAUCUGAAUUGAUUUCAAUCUAAUUACGAAUCUGUAAGGUAAUGUUUAGUGAUAUUAGGCUAGGUAUUUCUUGCGAUGUGUAUUUAGAGAAGAUUUUUGGUUCAUUUUCUUUGCUCUGCCUAUUGCUAGAAUCGAUUCAAACCAUCG